GUUAUUCCAGAGGAUCUACAGAACGUAAGAUGUUGCCACAAACUACCUCAUGGAUUAUUCUCAUUCACUCACUAGCUGCAUGGUUGCGUAUUGGAACAGGAUGUCUACAGACUGUUGAAAAGCUUUGAAGAACCUCAUUUGUUGAAAAGCUUUGAAGAACCUCAUUAACACGGGAUGACCUAGGAGUGACUCUUAAGUCUGCAACAAGACACUGAUUCAUUAGUGAAUGUGGCAGUCUUGGUUCUGAAUGCUGCAGAGAACAGCACAUAGAGCAUCUCCUUUAUUUCUGAAGCAUUCACUUGACCUUCCAUCAGUAAAAUUGACUUUUCUAAUCUGUUCCUGGAGAUAUUAAUGGAAUACAAUCAUGUCCACUCAAGACGAGAGGCAGGUCAAUAGUGAAUAUGCUGUGUCCUUGUUGGAACAGUUAAAACUCUUUUAUGAACAGCAGCUGUUUACUGACAUAGUGUUAAUUGUUGAGGGCACUGAAUUCCCUUGUCAUAAGAUGGUUCUUGCAACAUGUAGCUCUUAUUUCAGGGCCAUGUUCAUGAGUGGACUAAGUGAAAGCAAACAGACACAUGUACAUCUGAGGAACGUGGAUGCAGCCACCUUACAAAUAAUAAUAACUUACGCAUACACGGGUAACUUGGCAAUAAGUGAUAGCACUGUUGAACAGCUUUAUGAAACUGCUUGCUUUUUGCAGGUAGAAGAUGUGUUACAACGUUGCCGAGAAUAUUUAAUUAAAAAAAUAAAUGCAGAGAAUUGUGUGCGCUUACUGAGUUUUGCUGAUCUCUUCAGUUGCGAAGAAUUAAAACAAAGUGCUAAAAGAAUGGUGGAGCACAAGUUCACUUCUGUGUAUCACCAGGAGGCUUUCAUGCAGUUGUCACAUGACCUACUGAUAGACAUUCUCAGUAGUGACAAUUUAAAUGUAGAAAAGGAGGAGACAGUUCGUGAAGCUGCUAUGCUUUGGCUCGAGUACAACACAGAAUCAAGAUCACAGUAUUUGUCUUCAGUUCUUAGCCAAAUUAGAAUUGAUGCACUUUCAGAAGUAACACAGAGAGCUUGGUUUCAAGGUCUGCCACCCAAUGAUAAGUCUGUGGUGGUUCAAGGUUUGUAUAAAUCCAUGCCUAAAUUUUUCAAACCAAGACUUGGGAUGACUAAAGAGGAAAUGAUGAUUUUUAUUGAAGCAUCUUCAGAAAAUCCUUGUAGUCUUUACUCUUCAGUCUGUUACAGUCCCCAAGCAGAAAAAGUUUACAAGCUCUGCAGCCCACCAGCUGAUUUGCAUAAGGUUGGAACCGUUGUAACUCCUGAUAAUGACAUCUAUAUAGCAGGGGGUCAAAUUCCCCUGAAAAACACAAAAACAAAUCACAGUAAAACAAGCAAACUUCAGACUGCCUUCAGAACUGUGAAUUGCUUUUACUGGUUUGAUGCACAGCAAAAUACCUGGUUCCCAAAGACCCCAAUGCUUUUUGUCCGUGUAAAACCAUCUUUGGUGUGCUGUGAGGGCUUUAUCUAUGCAAUUGGAGGAGAUAGUGUAGGUGGAGAACUUAAUAGGAGGACUGUAGAACGAUAUGACACUGAAAAGGAUGAGUGGACGAUGGUAAGCCCUUUGCCUUGUGCUUGGCAGUGGAGUGCAGCAGUUGUGGUUCAUGACUGCAUUUACGUCAUGACGCUGAACCUCAUGUACUGUUACUUCCCAAGGUCUGACUCAUGGGUUGAAAUGGCCAUGAGACAGACAAGCAGGUCCUUUGCUUCAGUAGCAGCUUUUGGUGAUAAAAUUUUCUAUAUUGGGGGGUUGCAUAUUGCUACAAAUUCUGGCAUAAGACUCCCCUCUGGCACUGUAGAUGGAUCUUCAAUAACUGUGGAAGUUUAUGAUGUGAAUAAAAAUGAGUGGAAAAUGGCAGCCAACAUCCCUGCUAAGAGAUACUCUGACCCUUGUGUAAGAGCUGUUGUAAUCUCAAAUUCUCUCUGCGUGUUUAUGCGAGAAACCCACUUAAAUGAGAGAGCUAAAUACGUUACCUACCAAUAUGAUCUGGAACUUGACCGGUGGUCUCUGCGGCAGCAUAUAUCUGAACGUGUACUGUGGGACUUGGGAAGAGAUUUCCGAUGCACUGUGGGGAAACUUUAUCCAUCUUGCCUUGAAGAAUCUCCAUGGAAACCACCAACUUACCUGUUUUCACCAGAUGGGACAGAUGAAUUUGAACUGGAUGGGGAAAUGGUCGCACUGCCACCUGUAUAGUUGGGAGUUUAAAGAGUGCACACCUGAUAAUGUAUUUUAUUUUCUUUGCUUAGCAAGAGUGGCUCUGAAAGGACUAAAUGAAAGUACAGAAAAGUCUAUCUUUGAUAAAUUUUAUUUUUAUGCCCUUAAUAUUUGCAUCAGUAUAAUAUAUAUAUAUAUCUCAAUGAGUCAUACAGAAAGAUAAGCUUCCAUAAUAUGAAAUAGAUUAUCCAAUAAUUGAGAAAUUUUUAUGUGUAUCAUGAGAGCGUAAGAAUCUCGAUUAUCUAACAGAUUAUUAGCUCUAUAUAUGUACAGCUCAAAAAGUUCACUUAUAGUUUCUUGUUCCUAGUGUGGUAUAUGACACU